GGGUAGCUCGCGUGAAGCCCAGCACCUGCCCCGCCAGCCCCGCGCCCGGGGCGGGGCUUCCCGCGUCCCCUUUAAGAGGCCUCAGCACCCGCCCCUGACGUCAGGGUGUCUCUCCGCACGAGCCCGCGUCCCGCGCCGCUCCGCGCCCCCGCGCCCACAGCCCCGGCGGCCGAACAACGAGCGGCGGCUCGGCCCUCCCGGCCCGCUCCGCCGCCGCCUCCUUCCCGGCACUCGCAGCCGUCCGCGUCCGGCGCGUCUCCCCGCACCAUGUCGGUGGCCGGGCUGAAGAAGCAAUUCCACAAAGCCACUCAGAAAGUGAGUGAGAAGGUUGGAGGAGCUGAAGGAACCAAACUAGACGAUGACUUCAAGGAGAUGGAAAGAAAAGUGGAUGUCACCAGCAGGGCUGUGAUGGAAAUAAUGACUAAGACAAUUGAAUACCUGCAACCCAAUCCAGCUUCCAGAGCUAAACUCAGCAUGAUCAACACCAUGUCCAAAAUUCGUGGCCAGGAGAAAGGACCAGGCUAUCCUCAGGCAGAAGCAUUACUUGCAGAGGCCAUGCUUAAAUUCGGAAGAGAGCUGGGAGAUGAUUGCAACUUUGGCCCUGCUCUUGGUGAUGUUGGGGAGGCCAUGAGGGAACUCUCAGAAGUAAAAGACUCUUUGGACAUGGAAGUAAAGCAGAACUUUAUUGACCCACUUCAAAAUCUUCACGACAAAGAUCUAAGGGAAAUUCAGCAUCAUCUAAAGAAGUUGGAGGGGCGACGUCUUGACUUUGAUUAUAAGAAGAAACGACAAGGCAAGAUUCCAGAUGAAGAGCUUCGUCAGGCACUGGAGAAAUUUGAUGAAUCUAAAGAAAUUGCUGAGUCAAGCAUGUUCAAUCUCUUGGAAAUGGAUAUCGAACAGGUGAGUCAGCUCUCUGCACUGGUGCAAGCACAGCUGGAAUAUCACAAGCAAGCUGUCCAGAUCCUGCAGCAAGUCACAGUCAGACUGGAAGAGAGAAUAAGGCAUGCUUCUUCUCAGCCUAGAAGAGAAUAUCAGCCUAAACCACGAAUGAGCCUGGAGUUUCCAACAGGAGAGAGUACUCAGCCCAAUGGAGGCCUCUCCCACACGGGCACCCCCAAACCGACAGGUGCCCAAAUGGACCAGCCCUGCUGCCGAGCUCUGUAUGACUUUGAACCUGAAAAUGAAGGGGAGUUGGGUUUUAAAGAGGGUGAUAUCAUCACACUCACUAACCAGAUUGAUGAGAACUGGUAUGAGGGUAUGCUUCAUGGCCAGUCAGGCUUCUUCCCGAUCAAUUACGUGGAAAUUCUAGUUGCUCUGCCCCAUUAAGAUGUUACGUUGGCUGGCUCACCUCCUCUCGACCCAGAUAGUUAAGUUUAACCACUGCUUUGGUAAUGCUGCUUAAAACACAUCCCAAGUGCAGGUGCAGUGGUCUAAGUCAUCAAGCCCCACUGAGUAUCUUUGGUUAACUUGUGCGAGUCCACAAGCAUCAUGGUGAUGGAUGGUAUCUUCUUAGCCUGAUAGGCAUGGCAUGUGCUUUUUAAAUACCAUCUGAGAUCAGCCAUUAGUGCUGUUUACACAGUUCUCAGGAGGCUGUGGGUUUUUAGAAUACAGCCGCAAGCCAAGUCACAGAAAACAAAACAAAACAAAUAAAAACAUCCCACCGAAGAUAUUAUCUAUCACCCACAGGCCAUCUCAAGGUCUCAGGUUCUCCAUUUAGUAGGAGAAAGUUGUUGCUUUCACAUUCCCCCCUCUAUAGUGAGUAUAUAGAACUAUUGAAGAAAGUCUCCCUCACCAGCAACCUUCUUCUGUCUGAAUGCAUUAGUGAUGCUCUCAGUAGAAAAGUGUUGAGUGUGGGUAAAGAAACCUUCUCUGAAACUGUCACCUUUGUUCCCCCCACCCCAUAUAUGCCUAUUUCUGAGGUACAGCCAGCUUUUUUCCCUCUCUGCUAUUAACACCAGAGAGCGAUUCCUGUUUUAUUUCUAAGUAAGACAGCAAUCAGCAUACUGUAAGAGGGCAUAAAAGGUGUAGAAUCCCUCGUAUGAGGAAUUAAGAAGAGAGUUAAAAGAUUCUGUAACUUGCUGUACAGAAACAUUUGUAUUUAGGCCAUUGCUGAAGGUUAUAGGGGGAACAAAUAUAUUCACUUUUAUUUAUGCAGUACAUGUUUCAUGAGUACAAGAAACAAAAAGAAAAACACUAGAAACCAUUUUUCUCACUAGUUCAUAGAUGUAGAAAUAGUAAAUAUCUUUCCUCUCCAUGUUCCCCUUGUGUUCUUUGAACAUCGUUUGUGCAUAUUCUGCCCUCAAUGAGGACCAAAUAAAGAUGAUUUUGUGCUUAGAAGUUUAAGAUGUGUGUGGCUGCAUAUGCAAAACCCGUUCCCAAAUCAGUCAUUCCUUUUAUUUCUUCCCUUCUAUCUCAUCUUCAUUUUGUGUGUGUAGUAUUGUGAGUAAGCUUAUGAGUGUUUCUUUUGUUCUUUUUUUUGUAUCAGUCAAUAAAGUUCUGUAAGGUAUCCAGAGUUCUAUUUAUCUAGCUGUACAGAUUCUUUCAGAGGUUUAAUGUGCUGCUUCGGAUGUGCCACCUGCAGUAGUGGAUCAUGUGGAGUGAAAGGCAAAUCUUACUGCUUAAUGUAUAAACUCUUACCACGGGAAGCAUUGCUGUUUCCAAUAAAUAUUGCUGAAGACAGAA